GGGGCAUCCAUCACGAUAUAAAGCCACCGACACGCCCAAUUGACCUGGCCAUUAUUCCUCCAGUAUCAUCCAGACUACCAAUCCUCUCCCGCACCAACACCCUCACAUCCAUCGCAAUGGGCUCCACUCAGGUUGAAUUCAAGAACCCCGCCACGGCCACCCUCCUGGAGGCUGUCAAGGCCCGUCGCACCGUCUAUGCGCUCAAGGGCGAGAGCCCCAUCUCCGACGAGGCCAUCCAGAACAUCGUCGAGACCUCCGUCCUGCACGUCCCCAGCUCGUUCAACACCCAGACCUCGCGUGUCGUCCUCCUGCUGAAGGAAGAGCACAAGAAGGUCUGGGACAUCACCCUCGCCGCGCUGGAGGGCCUCGUUGCCGCCGGCGCCGUUCCCCGGGAGGCCUUUGAGUCGUCGACCAAGCCCAAGAUCGAGAGCUUCCGCGCUGCCUACGGAACUGUCCUCUUCUUCGUCGACUAUGAGUCCCUGGCCCCGAUCAAGGAGAAGUUCGCCAUCUACGCCGACAAAUUCGAUCCGUUUGCUUUGGAGUCCAACGCUAUGUCGCAGUACCUUGUCUGGACUGCCCUAGAGUCCGAAGGCCUCGGCGCCAACCUGCAGCACUACAGCCCCUUGAUCGACGAGGGUAUCCAGAAGCAGUGGAACUUGCCCGGUUCGUGGAAGCUCGAUGCCCAGCUCGUCUUCGGCACUCCUGCCGCCGCGCCCGGCGAGAAGGCCUUCGCGCCUCUGGAGGACCGCUUCAAGGUGUUUGGUAAAUAAGCAUGAUACGAUAUGAAGUCUUUUAGCGUGGUUCACUUUAGACAUGUCGAUAGAUCAAUGUGACGAUUGACCGUUUUU